AUGGCGUCAAGCCGCUAUAAGGUCUCCAGGCAACGAAGCUGCGGACAUUGCAUGAAAGCAAAGCGGAAGUGCCAGGGUGGACCGGGAACAUGUGUUAGAUGCGUGAAGCGCGGUCUUGACUGCACUUAUUUCUCAGAGAAUCCUCAAUCUCAGGCUUCAACUAGAUUCUCCACAGACGACCCGCACCGUAUCGAUACACUACCCGGAUGUACAACUAUAAGCCCGGAUGCGCAAGCCAGCGUAUCCCUUUCUCCGCCUACAGAACUACUGGAUUUCUCAAAUCUAGAUAUAUAUUGUCCCAUUGAUGCGAACGACAUCAAGAAUCGAUGGCUUAAUACCUUCAUUCCAAUUCCCGGACAAAAGGUCAAGGAAUACCCAUCUUCGAUAUCUGCUUUCAUCGUUAGGAUUCUUGAAUCAUAUGUUGGAAUCACUACCAGCGGCCGUGGGUAUCCGCCUUUCGUACAUCACUCUCAAAUCGAAGCAGCGUCGAUGAAACCACUCAUAACCUGCCUAAAGGUCGUACGAAUCUGUCGCGACCCGCACCAAACAAGCGAACAUUCGACAAUAGAAGUUCUUCGCAGCGAAAUGGACAAGCUCGCUGGCUGCUAUACAGACCUGGACGGCAUAGAAUUGCUCGCCGCCUUUCAAUCUUAUCUCAUCUACACCAUGGUGAUUUUGUUCAAGUAUCCAGAGAAUUCACGUCCUUUCCUCAGAGAAACAAUGGUUCAUCUCCAGGAACUGGCAUGUUUAAGCAGCCAAGAGGGCUUACUAUGUAAGAAAGAAAACACUGGUUCCCGCCCAAGAUGGGAGGAAUGGUUAGUAGUGGAGGCAAAGCGGCGAACUCUGUUCACCAUGUAUCUCGUGGACAGUGUCUUGUCUUCGCAAGAUGGCCAACCCACCUUUCUAGGUACAGAAUUGAGAGGACUUCCCGCCUCUGGGGACCGGUUUUUGUGGAAAGCUACAUCGCGUAUAGAGUGGGAGAGGUUCUAUGACGUCCACUUGGCGGAUUGGAAUGGGGAAGGGUUACGUAUUGAUGAGCUUUGGCCAGUCCCGGAGGACCUUGAAGAUUCUGGCAUACAAGAAAGACGCCGAAGGGUGAAUCUGUGGCUAGAAACAGUUGAUGAAUUUGGAACAGCACUAUUCACUGUUACCAGCAUUACUCAUGGCAAUAUGAUCGCAUUCUCUCAACCUUCAAAUCCAAACAUUAUAAUCAUGAGCUCUGAAAAUUUUCCUGGGGAUUCUUCCAAUGCAAUACCAAAUCAGCACAUUGCGAAGGAGCCUUAUAGCAUAUUUGACAGGGCGCAAAAGGCAUUAAUCGUAAUCAUAGUCGCAACAGCUGCAACAUUCUCCGGAUUCGCCUCGAAUAUCUACUUCCCAGCUAUACCCAACAUCGCCCGUGAUCUAGAUGUCUCCAUCGACCUAAUCAACCUCACCGUAACAUCUUACCUGAUCUUUCAAGGGCUCGCACCAAGUCUAUGGGGACCAAUAUCAGAUGUCAAGGGACGUCGAGUCGCCUAUACUUGUACAUUUCUUGUCUUUCUGGGUGCAUGCAUAGCCCUCGCCGAGACGAAGAACCUCGCGACCCUCAUUGUCUUCAGAUGUCUCCAGAGUACCGGUAGCGCAAGCACCAUUGCCAUCGGAUCAGGCGUAAUUGGCGACAUUACGACUAGAGAUGAGCGCGGCGGAUAUAUGGGUAUCUUCCAAGCUGGUUUAUUGGCUCCUGUUGCUAUCGGACCUAUCAUAGGUGGCGCACUUGCAGCUUCGCUCGGUUGGAGAGCCAUCUUCUGGUUUCUUGCAAUAUAUUCUGGAGUCUUCCUUAUCAUCCUCUUUGCCUUCCUUCCGGAAACACUACGAUCAAUCGUCGGCAAUGGAUCGCGGCACCCGUCUACCUUCAGUGCUAGAUUCCCAUUGUCAGUCUUUCAAAAGACCACAAAAGUAAAAUGGGAUCGCAACCCGAGCUCCCCAGAAACCAUGGAGAAGAAGCCUAUUGAUAUCACUGGACCGCUUCGUAUUCUCUUCAGCAAACAAGCGCUGCCUAUUAUCCUCUUCUUAGCAAUUCACUACGCAGUCUGGCAAAUGAGCAUAACCGCCAUGUCCCCCUUAUUUGAGCAGCAUUACGGGCUUAGCGAGUCGGAGAUAGGUCUUACGUUCAUUGCCAACGGAGUAGGGUCAAUUAUUGGGACACUUACUACGGGUAAGAUGCUUGACAUCGACUACCGCCGAGUCAAAACGAGAUACGAAGAACGAAUUACGCAAAACAUCGAGACCGGCGAUGCCAACGAAUUGGCCUCCAGCGAAGUGCAAGAAAAGUUUCCACUCGAAGAAGCACGAUUGCGACUAGUUCCUGUCUUUUCAGUCAUCCAGUUCAUAUCGGUCCUUAUUUUCGGGUGGACGAUCCAGUAUUCCGACCAUAUCACCUUCGCCGCACCCAUAAUCACAACAUUCGUCACGGGUUGGACAGCCGUAUCUACGCAGUCCAUUAUCAUGACGUAUCUCGUGGACGCCUUCCCUGACCGAAGUGCCGCCGCGAGUGCAAGUAUCAAUCUUGCCAGAUGUCUCCUAGCAGCGGGAGGAACGAGCUUCGUUAUGCCUUUGAUCAAUCAUUCCAGUGUUGCAAUUGCUUUUACGGCGUGCUCAGUUGUUCAAGUGGUUUCGCUAAUUGGCCUUGGAUUGCAGCGGAGGUUUGGAAUGAAGUGGCGCACAGAAAGCUCAACGGCCCAUUGA